AUGACGAAAAGUUCACCGCUGCCGUCGGACGGCUGCAAAAGGCGGAGUCGACGAGUGGCUUUCAUUUUCUAUGAGCGGAUCUGGGACAAUCAGACUGCUGAUGUCGACUCUCCCACUACUCUUUGUCAUCGUCCUGCUCUCCCACUGUACGCCCGUGGCUGCACAACGCCGACUCUACUAUCUUGUGAUGAAGCCCUAUCUGCAAGCGCACAAGGGGGCAACGAGAUGCUUGGAAACAGCGAUGAUGGCACUUCAGCAGCUGGACUGCGUGUACCGAGACAGGACGAUUUGCAGUCAAUGGUCUCUCAAUUGCUCACCAGAGUCAACGAGAACAAUUCAGACGCAUUGCAAGUCCGUAAACAGAUGUUCUCGCGGAAAUUCUGGAAAAGAUAA